GCUCGAGCUGCACUGUUCCAAAGCCGCUCAAUCUCCUCGGCUCCCUCUCACAAUUUCAGAUUUCAGCAACUCUCGACAGCACUCAACCACAAAACACCAAACGUAAACAUGGGUCUUUUUUCCAAACUCAAAAAGAACAAGAAGCAAGCUAUGAAGCCACAGCAGUUGCUGGCAUCCAUGGAGAAGUCAGGAGAGACCUGCGCUACCAGCAUGAAUGGAAGUGGCUCCGUCCACUAUCGUGAAAAGAGAGGAGGAUCCAUUGGAAGCAGUAAUAACAGUGCAGGGUCGCUGAGUGAUGAUGAAUCUCAAGAAGAAUUCCGAAGGGAAGUUUCGCAAAUGACACCUCAAAUGAUUCUGAGACAGCUGGAAGACAUGGGCAGAGACAACUCAGCGGAUGCAAGACGAUACAUGAGCGCUCUCAAGCAAACGUCAUUGGUGGACGAAAGACUCCCCCAUGAAAUCUCAUGCUCUCGUCCGUGAUGGACACUGCAAAGCGCCAUACGCAGAUAGAAUAGACAAACGAAUUCACACUGUAAACAAUGAACUGAUAGCUAGCUUUGGAUGCAAGUCACUUUCUU